CUUCACUAUUAAGGCCACGUACACAGAAGUUAAUAAAAUCGAGAUCGGAAGCUAGAAACAGCUUGGAAAACGCAAAGAAAAUUUCAAUAAAACAUCUUGGAAAAGGAGACAACCAACCGAUCGAUCGAUCGAUCGAUCAACCAUUCAGCACGAACCCUCGCGCAACACAAAAUCUCGGCAACGAUUAUCCCAGCCGCAGCGCCGGCGAACACCCUCCUCCGGCGACCGUCGAGGCGGCAGCAGCAGGGGGAUCUCGUGUCCCUUCGAGAUCGGCAGCCGCGCUGGGGGCGACUCACUCGCGCCACUCCUCCCCUUCCCUACCCUGGUGGAGGAAACCUAAUGCCGCCCCGAGCCUAGCCACCAUGGACUUCGCCAGCCGCCACGCCGCCGCAGAGGCGGCAACCUCGGCCGCGGCCUCCGCCGCCGCCCCCGCCGUGGUCGCUGAGGAGCCCGAGUACCUCGCCCGGUACCUCGUCGUCAAGCACUCGUGGAGGGGAAGGUACCGCCGGAUCCUGUGCAUCGCCACCUCCGGCGUCGUCACGCUCGACCCCACCACGCUCAACCUCACCAACUCCUACGACGCCGGCCCCGAGUUCGACCAGGCCGAGGCCCUCAGCGCCACCGACGAGUUCGCGCUCGCCGUCCGCACCGAUGGGCGUGGCAAGUUCAAGCCCAUGCGCUUCUCGUCCCCGCUCCGCCCGGGGAUCCUCACCGAGCUCCAUCGCCUCCGCCCGGUCCACCCCGCCUUCGACUUCCCCGUCCUACACCUCCGCCGAAGAACCCAUGAGUGGGCCCCCUUCAAACUUAAGGUCACUUCGGUGGGUGUUGAGCUCCUUGAGGCUUCUGGUGAUAUGCGCUGGUGCUUGGACUUCAGAGAUAUGAAUUCUCCUGCUAUCAUUCUCUUGGGGGAUAGCUAUGGGAGGAAGACUACUGAGGGUGGAGGGUUUGUGCUAUGCCCCCUUUAUGGUAGGAAGUCAAAAGCUUUUAUGGCUGCUUCAGGCACUACAAACACUGCAAUUAUAUCUCAUUUGACAAAAACUGCCAGAUCAAGGAUUGGAUUAUCAUUAUCUGUGGACAAUUCUCAGUCAAUGAAAGCAUCUGACUUCAUAGCAAAAAGAGCUAUGGAAGCAGUUGGAGCUGCUGAAACUCGACAUGGAGAAUGGUCAGUAACAAGAUUACGUUCUGCUGCACAUGGCACUGCUAGUAUUGAGAGCUUAGGUUUAGGUGUUGGACCAAGGGGUGGGCUUGGAGAACAGGGUGAUUCUGUCUCUCGUCUGCUUGUUCUUACAAACACUUCACUUGUUGAAAGGCGUCCAGAGAACUACGAGGCAGUCAUUGUCCGACCUCUCUCAGCAGUAAAUGCUCUUGUUCGAUUUGCAGAAGAGCCGCAGAUGUUUGCAUUUGAAUUCAAUGAUGGUUGCCCAAUUCAUGUUUAUGCUAGCACUUCUCGUGAUAACCUACUUGCAACAGUUCUUGAUGUUUUACAAACCCAGAGACAGUGUGCAAUUCCAGUGCUACCAAGGUUAACGAUGCCUGGGCAUCGGAUAGAUCCUCCUUGUGGUGUAGCCCAUCAUCAGAUGCCCCAUCAUGGUAUUUUUGACAUGGAGGCUGCUACCAUGCAUAUCAAACAUUUAGCUGCAGUUGCUAAAGAGGCUGUAGCAUCAUCUGACACUGUUCCUGGAGCAAAAAUCAGAUUGUGGCGUAGAAUAAGGGAGUUUAAUGCAUGUGUACCAUACACUGGAGUGCCCGUCAAUAUUGAAGUACCUGAAGUGGUCUUAAUGGCCUUAAUCAGUCUUCUUCCGAACCCACAACAUGGCUUUCCCACUGAUGCUUCUCCUCAUCCGCCUCCAUCCCCAAAAGCAGCAGCAACUAUAAUGGGUUUCGUUGCUUGCUUACGCAGGCUACUUACAUCAAGAAGUGUGGCAUCACAUGUGUUGGCAUUUCCUGCUGCUGUUGCGAGAAUAAUGGGUUUGCUUAGGAAUGGUUCAGAGGGAGUGGCAGCUGAAGCUUCUGGACUUGUGGCUAUGCUAAUUGGUGGUGGUCCUGGUGAUGCAUCCAUGUUAGUGGAUACAAGGGGAGAAUCCCAUGCCACCCACAUAUCCAUGUUAGUGGAUACAAGGGGAGAAUCCCAUGCCACCCACAUGCAUGCAAAAUCUGUACUGUUCUCGCAGCCAAUUUAUGUUCCAGUCCUAGUUAACAGGUUGAAGCCAAUAUCAGUUUCACCAUUAUUAUCUCUGUCCGUUGUGGAAGUCCUUGAAGCUAUGCUUUGUGAACCCCAUGGUGAAACAACCCAACAUGCUACAUUUGUUGAGCUACUACGUCAAGUUGCUGGUUUGCGCCGUCGUUUGUUUGCAUUAUUUGCACAUCCAGCAGAAAGUGUGCGAGAGACUAUUUCUGUUAUUAUGCGUACAAUUGCUGAGGAAGAUGCGAUAGCAGCAGAGUCCAUGCGUGAUGCUGCCUUGAAGGAUGGUGCUCUUCUGAGGCAUUUGCUAAAUGCUUUUUUCUUUCCUGCUGGUGAACGACGUGAUGUUAGUCGGCAACUUGUUGCUCUUUGGGCUGAUUCUUAUCAACCUGCUCUUGAUUUGCUAUCAAGAAUACUUCCUCCUGGACUUGUUGCUUAUCUUCAUACAAGGUCAGAUGAAGAUUCGCAGAGCCAGUAUGAUGAAGCACCUUUAAGCAGAAGGCAGAGACGGAUACUUCAGCAGAGGAGGGCUCGUGGGAGUAAAAGUAUGGCAGCACAAGAACAGGGGCUACCCUCCAAUGGUGUUGAUGAUGGGGAACUCUUCAGACACACCAGUGUGGGUACUUAUGGAGGAGCAGAUGUCCAUCAGAGGCAUGCUGGUCAGUACUCUUCUGCCCACUCCCCAUUGGCAGGUAUAAAUAUUGAUCCUUCUAAUGCAGUUUCAGUUCCACAUGGUUCUGCACCUGAGGCCCUUUCUGAAAAUAAUCAUCAAAUCGGGGCACCACAGUUGGAUUCACAUGUUUAUUCAGUGGACUCCAAUGCCAAUGGCAAUCUUAUCAGCUCAUCGCAUUCAGAUUUUUCAGUCCCUGCACAAGUUGUGGUGGAAAGCACUCCUGUAGGAUCUGGCAGGCUCCUAUGUAAUUGGUAUGGGUUUUGGAGGGCUUUCAGUCUAGAUCACAACAGAGCAGAUUUGAUAUGGAAUGAGCGCACCAGACAGGAAUUGAAGGAAGCACUGCAAGCUGAAGUUCAUAACCUUGAUGUUGAGAAAGAAAGAACUGAUGACAUUGUCCCUGGAGUUUCAGUCACUGAGGAUGCUGGUGGUAGUGACAAUUUACCUCGAAUUUCUUGGAAUUAUGCUGAAUAUUCAGUUCGCUACCCAAGCUUGUCCAAAGAAGUCUGUGUGGGGCAAUACUAUUUGCGGCUGCUGCUUGAAAGUGGGAGCAACUAUCGCGCACAGGAUUUUCCACUGCGUGAUCCUGUUGCCUUUUUUAGAGCUCUAUACCAUCGGUUUUUGUGUGAUGCAGAUAUUGGUCUUACUGUGGAUGGUGCAGUUCCUGAUGAGUUAGGUUCAUCAGAUGAUUGGUGUGACAUGGGAAGAUUAGAUGGCUUUGGUGGAGGCGGAGGGUCUUCUGUAAGAGAACUUUGUUCAAGGGCAAUGGCAAUAGUUUAUGAGCAACAUUAUAAAAUUAUUGGACCUUUUGAUGGCACUGCACAUAUUACUGUUCUCUUAGACAGAACAGAUGAUAGGGCAUUGAGGCAUCGUUUGCUACUACUAUUAAAGGCCUUGAUGAAUGACCUUUCAAAUGUUGAAGCAUGUGUUUUGGUUGGAGGCUGUGUUUUGGCUGUUGAUUUGCUUACGGUUGCGCAUGAAACAUCUGAGCGGACAGCUAUUCCUUUGCAAUCUAACCUCAUUGCAGCAACCGCAUUUAUGGAACCUUCAAAAGAGUGGAUGUACAUUGAUAAAGAUGGCACACAAGUCGGGCCACUUGAAAAAGAUGCAAUAAGAAGGCUAUGGUCAAAGAAGUCAAUUGAUUGGACAACAAAGUGUUGGGCUUCUGGUAUGUCUGACUGGAAAAGGUUACGUGACAUACGGGAACUACGUUGGGCACUUUCUGUAAGAGUACCUGUCCUGACUCCUACUCAGGUAUUGAAUCUACAUCCUGUGAUGAGGCACUUGCUCGCACACACACAACGUACUUCUACUUUCCCACCUUUUCAACAGUCAGCUCUCAGCAAGCACAAAUUUUCUUCUCAUAAAUUAGAAAAUGUAUCUUGUUUACAGAUUGGGGAGGCUGCAUUAUCUAUAUUGCACAGUAUGGCGUCAGCACACUCUGAUCUUGAUGACGCAGGUGAAAUAGUAACCCCAACUCCUAGGGUGAAACGUAUAUUGUCGAGUCCAAGAUGCCUUCCUCAUGUGGCGCAGGUUAUGCUUACUGGGGAACCAAGCAUUGUUGAAGCAGCUGCCUCAUUACUUAAGGCUAUUGUUACAAGAAACCCUAAAGCUAUGAUACGCCUAUAUAGUACGGGCGCCUUUUACUUUGCAUUAGCUUAUCCUGGUUCAAAUCUCCUAUCAAUUGCACAAUUGUUUUCAGCCACACAUACUUAUCAAGCUUUUCAUGGUGGUGAAGAAGCAGCAGUAUCAUCAUCUUUGCCUUUGGCAAAACGUAGUGUACUAGGUGGACUGCUCCCAGAAUCUUUAUUGUAUGUCUUGGAACGUAGUGGCCCUUCUGCCUUUGCAGGUGCAAUGGUGUCGGAUUCUGACACACCAGAAAUUAUAUGGACUCACAAGAUGCGGGCAGAAAACCUUAUUCAUCAGGUCCUGCAGCAUCUCGGUGAUUUUCCUCAGAAAUUGGCACAACAUUGCCAUUCAUUGUAUGAUUAUGCUCCUAUGCCACCUGUGACUUACCCGAAUUUGAAAGAUGAGAUGUGGUGCCAUCGUUACUACCUCCGUAACCUAUGUGAUGAGAUUAGGUUUCCUAACUGGCCCAUUGUUGAGCAUGUGGAGUUUUUGCAAUCGUUGUUGGUAAUGUGGCGUGAAGAGUUAACUCGUCGUCCAAUGGAUUUGUCUGAAGAAGAAGCCUGUAAGAUACUGGAGAUAUCACUUGAUGAUCUUGUGGUUGGUGAGAAUGGUAGUAGCAAGCAGUCUUCUGAGUUAAGUUCAGCUAAUUCUGGAAACAAAAUUGAAAAUAUUGACGAGGAGAAGCUUAAACGCCAGUACCGUAAGCUAGCAAUAAAGUACCAUCCAGACAAGAACCCUGAGGGAAGAGAGAAAUUCGUUGCUGUACAAAAGGCUUAUGAGCGAUUGCAGGCAAGUAUGCAGGGAUUGCAGGGACCACAAGCCUGGAGGCUGCUACUGUUGCUCAAGGCACAAUGUAUCUUGUACAAGAGAUAUGGAGAUGUCUUGGAACCAUUUAAAUAUGCUGGUUAUCCAAUGUUGCUAAAUGCAGUCACUGUAGAUAAGGAUGACAGCAAUUUUCUUUCAUCUGAUAGGGCCCCUCUUCUUAUAGCUGCUUCGGAGCUAAUUUGGCUGACAUGUGCGUCUUCUUCAUUAAAUGGAGAAGAACUUAUAAGAGAUGGUGGUAUCCCCUUGUUGGCGACACUACUUUCCCGCUGUAUGUGCAUUGUUCAGCCCACGACAUUGGCAAAUGAACCAGCUGCAAGAAUAGUCACCAACAUAAUGCAUACCUUCUCCGUUCUCAGCAAGUUUGAAUCAGGAAGAGUUGAGAUUCUCAAGUUUGGUGGCCUUGUUGAGGACAUUGUGCACUGUACAGAACUUGAAUUUGUUCCCUCAGCAGUGGAUGCUGCGCUGCUGACAUCUGCUAAUAUUUCAGUGUCAUCUGAGUUGCAAGAUGCUCUGCUAAGGGCUGGAUUUUUAUGGUAUGUGCUGCCCCUACUGCUUCAAUACGAUUCAACAGCAGAAGAGAAUGAGACAAGUGAGGCACAUGGUGCAAGGGUGCAGAUUGCGAAAAAUUUGCAUGCUGUUCGUGCAAUUGAGGCUUUGUCUAGGCUUUGCGGUCUUAGUAGCGUUGAGAUAUCUUGCCCAUCUAACAAACCUGCAUACAAUGCUCUAAAGGCACUUCUUACUCCAAAGCUUGCUGACAUGCUGAGAAACCACCCACCUAAAGAGCUCUUAUCGAAUCUAAAUUCAAAUUUGGAGUCACCUGAGAUCAUAUGGAAUUCUACCACCAGAGGGGAGCUUCUCAAAUUUGUAGACCAGCAGCAUGCUAGUCAAGGCCCUGAUGGUUCAUACGAUUUGACAGAAUCACAAUCUUUCACCUAUGAAUCUUUAUCAAAAGAAUUGAAUGUUGGUAAUGUAUACUUGAGAGUUUACAACAAUCAGCCGGAUUUUGAAAUAAGUGAUCAGGAAGAAUUUUGCAUUGCUCUGCUUAAAUUUAUAGCAGAAUUAGUGCAACAGUGGAAUUCCAUUAAUUUGGAGGAAAAUACGAUGCAUCAACAUGUUUCACUUGAUACAUCUACUUCUGAAAAUUUUGAAGUUGGUGAUUCGACUGAUGAUGGAAAAAUGGAUGGGUCAUCAGGAAAACAAAGUACAGGGACUGAUGGAGAUUCUAAAGUUAUUACAUACCUCCAAAGUGGGCUAACAUCACUUCAGAAUCUUCUGACAAGUAAUCCAGGCUUGGCUGCUGUUUUUACUUCCAAGGAGCGUCUGAUUCCUCUUUUUGAAUGCCUUGCACUGCAUGUUCCUCCUGAAAGCAACAUCCCGCAAAUCUGUUUAAGUGUUCUUUCUCUGUUGACAAAGCAUGCUCCUUGUUUGGAGGCCAUGGUUGCAGAAAGGAUGAGCCUCAUUUUGCUAUUUCAGAUACUACACUGCAAUCCUCCUUGCAGGGAUGGAGCACUUGCUGUACUGUAUUCUUUAGCCAGCACCCCAGAGCUUGCCUGGGCUGCUGCCAAGCAUGGUGGUGUUGUUUACAUUCUCGAGCUUAUGUUGCCUCUUGAAGAGGAAAUCCCUAUGCAACAAAGAGCUGCAGCUGCAUCCUUAUUGGGCAAACUUGUUGGGCAACCAAUGCAUGGUCCCAGAGUGGCGAUCACACUUGCUAGAUUCUUGCCUGAUGGUUUGGUUUCUGCCAUCAAAGAUGGACCUGGGGAAGCAGUUAUUUCAUCUCUUGAACAAACAACGGAAACUCCUGAACUAGUAUGGACACCUGCAAUGGCAGCUUCUCUUUCUGCACAGUUGGCAACCAUGGCAUCAGACCUCUACCAAGAGCAGAUGAAAGGCUGUGUUGUUGAUUGGGAUGUACCCGAACAAGCAUCUGGCCAACAUGUAAUGAAGGAUGAACCUCAGGUUGGUGGAAUUUAUGUAAGACUUUUCCUAAAGGAUCCCAAGUUUCCACUGAGAAAUCCUAAAAGAUUCCUUGAAGGACUGCUAGAUCAGUAUGUCUCCUCUGUUGCUGCUACACAUUAUGAAGCACAUGCUGUUGAUCCAGAGCUUCCUUUGCUGCUGUCCGCAGCAUUAGUCUCCUUGCUACGAGUUCAUCCGGCCCUUUCAGACCAUGUCGGUUACCUAGGCUAUGUUCCAAAGCUUGUUGCAGCUAUGGCCUAUGAGGGACGAAGGGAGACUAUGGCAUCUGGGCAGGCAACAAGUGAAUCACAGGCAGAACCUAGUGAACAUGACAAUUCAGGUCAACCUGAGGCCAAUGUGCAGACUCCACAAGAACGUGUUCGCCUUAGUUGUUUGCGUGUAUUACAUCAGCUUGCAUCUAGCACAACUUGUGCAGAAGCUAUGGCAGCAACAAGCGCAGGAACUCCUCAGGUUGUACCACUGCUUAUGAAAGCAAUUGGGUGGCAAGGUGGAAGUAUACUGGCAUUGGAAACAUUAAAGCGUGUAGUCGGUGCUGGUAAUCGAGCUCGUGAUGCUCUUGUUGCCCAGGGGCUAAAGGUUGGUCUUGUUGAAGUGCUCCUUGGUAUUCUUGAUUGGCGUGCUGGUGGAAGACAGGGACUCUGUAAUCAGAUGAAGUGGAAUGAAUCAGAGGCUUCAAUUGGGCGUGUUUUGGCAGUGGAGGUGCUUCAUGCAUUUGCAACAGAAGGUGCACACUGUGCUAGAGUUCGUGAAGUCCUUAAUUCUUCUGAUGUAUGGGGUGCUUACAAGGACCAGAAGCAUGAUCUAUUCCUCCCAUCCAACGCACAAUCCUCUGCUGCUGGAGUUGCUGGGCUCAUCGAGAAUUCAUCAUCAAGACUCACCUACACCCUUACAGCACCCCCGCCUCAACCAACAUUGGUCCGGCUACCAUCUUCAGCUCCCUCUCCCCCAUCAGCUGCUACAAAUCCUAGCGGACGGCAUUCUUACCAUCAUUCGUAGCAUGGGAAACAAAAUUUGUUAAUCACAAUGUCUUUUGGUGAUAUGGCCAUUUGAGAUUGGUAUGAUUUGUAGAGUGAAGAACAUAACUGGCCUUGUUACAGAAGCAAAAUACAGCCCGCGCCUCCAUACCCCACCAAAGAGCAGCUUGUCAGAGGCUGCAUUUCAGUACAUAGCAUGUACAGUUUUCCAUUACAUAGGGGUCGGUUUUGCGUUUGUUGUUCCUUGUACACAUGUAAAGCACAUGCUCCUUUUCUGUAACAUAGAUGUCCAUAGAAUAUUCGAGCUGGAAAUGUGUAUCGAUUCAUUGCUGGGUGGAUACCUUCUCUUUUCUGGAUUACAUGGUCUUCUUGACACGACGUGAGGGUAUGUACUCUUCUUGUCCGUUUGACCCGGUA